AUGAUGUUAUGGUUUGAAAAUGGAGUGCAGAUACAGAGGCUAAGUAGAGUAGAUUCUGAUUUCUCUGGUUUUCUUCAUCAUUCUGGGAUACCAUCUAUAGACAUGUACUAUGGUGCAGAUUAUCAUGUGUACCACACAGCUUUUGACUCCUAUGAGUGGAUGAUCGGCAAUGCAGAUCCGUUGUUUCAUCGUCAUGUUGCCAUGGCUGGAAUUUGGGGACUUUUAGGAAUUAUAUUGGCUGAUGAGCCAGUCAUACCGUAUAUCUCUUAUGCUGAACAGUUACAGGUACAUAGAGAUGCAUUGAGCAAGAUCUUACAAGGGAAAGCCUUUGUUGAUCCCUUGAGCAUGGCGAUACAAUAG